CAUAUAACUGACUUUUUCUGCAGACUCUGAAUAAAGGAUGCCAUGUUCAAAUAUUUCCAUUUGAUCUUAGAUGUUUGGUGAGAGAGUUUAGAGUAGCCAUAAUGGCUUAUAGUGUAAGAGAGGUAUGUAUUGAGUGUGUGAAAAAUAUAAACUAAGUUUACAAUGUGUGUCAGAGGCCAACCUCUCUUUCACCCCCAUCUGGGUGCCGGACUGGCUCAAUCCACACAACACACACUUCCUGUAGCAUGAGGACCUGUCAGAUAGGGCCUCCCCUCAUUACUAACCCCCAGACCACAAUGCUGUGUUGACACACAACACACUGACACUCUCGGACAUAGAAGUUAAUGGAUAGUGAUGGGGUAGGUUAGACAUACCUGUCUGGAUGUAAAUGUCAUGGAUCUCAAUCUCUGCGUCUGGCUCUGGACCAUAUUAUGCUGGGUGGAUGUUCUGGGGCAGUGGACCAGGGAUGGGGCUGUCCCUCAUCUGUCAAAGAAAGAUGUUCUGCUGUUGGCGGAUGAUGCAAAUCCAAAGUGUUUUACCAGGACACAGUAUGACUUCACCUGUUUCUGGGAGAUGCCAGACAACAAGUCUUGUGACUUCUUCUAUAGUAACGAUGAUCGGGAGGAGAAGAGGUGUAAUCUGAUUCUCCAGAGGACAGAGGAGGGGAAAGUCCUCCAUGUCUGCUCCUUCCCUCCCUCUGAUGUCUUCCUGUUCACCUUCACACACAUCAGAGUGAUGGAGGGCAGCUCCAACUACACACUAUACGCACGCGCGGUCAGCGUUGAGGACCAGGUUCUCCUGGAUCCCCCUGUGAAUGUAUCCCUUCACCCGACAGGGCAGCCUGGGCAGUUCCAGGUGGAGUGGCACACACCCAGAGAGUGGGAGAACAACAUGCAGUAUGGGAUACGUUACUCCUCCCAGAGCCUGAGGGAGAGAACUGAACUGAUAAAGCCAGUGAGGUCCCAAAUCCACAGCCUGGUCUCUCUGGCGCCAGGGGAGGUGGUCAGCGUCCAGCUGAGGGUCAAACCCAACGGCUACAGCGAGAAAGAGACCAGUGGUCAUUGGAGCGACUGGUCGGUCCCCAAAACUGCCAUGGUUCCUCAGAGUGCAGCUGAUAUCUCAUUGUUGUGCCACACUUCUGACCUGCAAAACAUCACCUGCCAAUGGAAUGGGCAGGCCUACAGAAAUGAUACCUACACCAUAUACUACAAGCUGGGACCCAGUGAAAGUGAGGGCUGGAGAGAGUGUAUGCAGAAUGAGAACAUCUCCUACCAUUGCAGUUUCCAUGGAGCAGAGUCCAGUGAGAUACGGGUCAAACUCAGCGCUGGUCCUGCUACUCCCAGGCGGACCUUCUACACUGAGCCUUUCAGACUCAACAACAGCAUUCAAACAGCCCCUCCUGGGAGGCUGAGGGGACAAUGGGAGAAGGGCAGGCUGUGUCUGAAAUGGGACACACCCUUAUUGGCCCUGUCUGUCCACCUGAUGUACCAGCACCGCUAUCAGCCUCGAGAGGAGACUGUCUGGAAGCUGGUGAUCCUGCCGGGCCCAGAGACCAGUACCUGUCUGGACAUUCAGACUGGAGUUCAGUACUAUAUCCAGGUCAGAGCCAGACCCAACGGGUCAGUCUACGCUGGCUACUGGAGCGACUGGUCACCCCGACUCACUGUGGACACGCCCUCAGACAUAGGUGCCCUCAUCUCCUGCAUCCCUCUCAUGAUGCUUGUUGUAUCAGUCGUCUUUAUCUCCAUGUUCUCCAGGUAUCUCAGUAAGCUCAAACAGUAUCUGUGGCCACCAGUCCCGAACCUUGACAAAGUACUCCACGGCUUCCUGACAGAUAUCAACGGACACACUUGGGACCCUCCCUUCAACAUCAAGCAGUGUUCAGAGGAGACCCCAGCUUGUGUCGUGGAGAUCAUGUCUGAGAGGGAGGCUCCAGGCAGAGGGAUGCUUCCUUUACUACUCUCCCCAGAGCAAGGCACUUCAGGCGGGGAGGAGGAGAGCCUGCCUACCCUGGUCCUGGAGGUCAGUCCGGACUACGUGACCCUGACCACGGAUGACGUCAUCCCCCGUCUCGGAGGGAACGAGUAUGUGUACGAUGGGGAGGUGGGGGCGGAGUCUCAGAGCCUGUGGGUGGGGGGAGAGGAGGUGCUCCAGGUGAGGUGUCACUGCUCCUUUACUAGGUCCUCCAGCUUCCCAUCAUCCUCCAGUACCACGGACAUCCUCAACCACUCCUACCUACAGCUGGCCGAGCACCCCAUUAAGAGACUGGACUAUCCAGGGCAGCAGGGCGCCCCCCAGGGCAGCAGGGUCUAUGUCAACCUGGAGGACACAAGCUCAGCAAACACAAAUGCCUGAUUGGCACUCUGGCACAGCACAACACAACAAGGGCACAGAAAUUCAUGAAAAAGACAUGGGGGAAAAAUAGAUGAAACCAAGUACAAAAUACAAGGGGGAGGCUUUAAAUAUCAAAUGUGCUAUUCUCAAAACAAGGAUGUAUUUAGGAUAUUCAACUUUGCACAAUGCUGGAUGAAAUAUCUUUACGUGCCUAGGAAAAAUGUAAGACACAGCUCAAGUGUGCUUGUGGAUAUAAAAGGGGCUUCAGAAUGGACAGUUACAAAACAUCAACACAAUAUCCAUUACAUCACUAAUAAAACAGGUCAUUGAAUAUGCCA